AUGACAAUAGAUAUUAAUCAACCUAAUAAGGUGAAACAUGUAGUUGAUGCAUUUACUGAUUCAUCAUGUGAAUUAGUAACUUUAAAGAAGAAGAAGAAGAUAUUAACCAAGAAGAAUAAGAAUAUUCAAAAGAGAUUUAUUGUAAGUCAACAACAAUAUAAUAAAUGUUUUCAGAAUUAUUAUCAUGGAUUUAAAUAUUUAAUGAGUAAUCCAAUAUAUGUUUCUAAUAUUAAACCUUCUGUAAAUCAUUGGCAAUUAAGAGAUUUAUUAAAAUUUAAUGAUGAUGAUGAUUUAUUAUAUUAUACAAGAGAUGAUUCUAUUUAUUAUUAUGAUUUAAAUAAACAACAUACUAAAGAGUAUAUUAAAUUGAAUUAUUAUCCCAGAUGUUUUAAUCAUUAUAAAGAUGUAUUGGUUACUGGUGGGUUAUUAACUUCUUCAUCAAAAUUAUUUUCAUUAAAUUUAGAUAAUUUAACAGCUACUGGUACUACUAAUAAUAAUGGUAUUCCAUCCAAGAGGAUUGCUAAGGGGUUAUUUUCAUUUUAUAAUCCAAAUUUAAAUAUUUCCAAAACGGUUAAAUUAGGUGAAAUGAUUAAUAAUGAUGUUACAAUUUAUCCUAAUUCAUCAAAUUCAUUUAUAUCAUAUGUUUGUAAUAAUGAUACUCAUUUAUAUUGUCUUGAUAUUAAUAAUAAUUCAAAUAUUAAAGUUACAAAUAAAAUAAAUUGUGAAGUUAAUACUUGUUUAAAUAAUGUGGUUAAAAAUCCAAAAUCAAAUAAUAUAUUAACGGCAACCGGUGAUUCUUCUUCAAUCUUUUUAAUUGAUCCCAAUCAAUCAGGUAAUAAACCUAUAAUAAAAACAAUCAAAUCUGGUCAUGAAAGUGGAUUUGGUGUUGCUUAUCAUCCCAAUGGAAUAUUAUUUUCAACCGUUUUCCAAGAUGGGAUAUGUCAAAUUUAUGAUUUACGUAAUUUAUCCGAGAAAUUAAUUGAAAUUAAAUCAACAAGACAAGGUCAUCAAUCCGGAGCAUUUAGAGUUUGUAAAUUUUCACCAGAAAAUGAUAUGAAUGAUUUAUUAAUCAUUUCUGAACAUGUUGGAAGAGUUCAUUUAAUUGAUUUAAGAAAUUUGGAUUAUAAUAAUGUUGAUGAUCAUCAAGUGAUUGUUGUACCGGUUGGAUUAGAUCAAUUUGCUGAUUUUAAAUCCUCGAUUCAAAAUCCUCAUACAAGAACAAGAGGAGAAAGAUUUGAUCAAUAUUCAUUACAUCAAGAUGACAAUAGUCAUCAUCGUGAUAAUCAUCAUCAGGAUGACUUACAAGAGCAAGACAAUAAAAAUAAAAUCAAUAAACCAAGACAAAAAUAUCCAAUUGAUGUAUAUCCAAAUAAUAAUAAUAAUAUUAUGAAUAAUGCCAAUAAUAUUUCAUUCACAGCACCAAUAGUUUAUGAUUAUGAUUAUUUAACAAAUAUUAAUCCUAAAUUAUUUAAAGAUUUUGCAUAUAUACCUCCACCACCUCCACCUCCACAAUUUUCACCAACUUCGCAUAAUAAUGAUAAUGAUUAUUCAUUACCACCAAAAUUAAACUAUCCUCAAUGGGAUCCAGCAACCAGCAGUAGUAGUAGUUCUACAGCUGAACAUCAUGUCUCUCCCACAUCAUCAGCCAGACCUUCAAUUACAGGAAUACACACCAAUCCUAGCUAUGCAUAUCCAACAACAACAACAACCCAGGCAUCAUAUUCUUAUCCUAGGGGUAAUAGUACUGAUUUCCAAGCUCCCAUGAUUGUUUCAUCAAGUCUUUCACAAGAUUCUUCAUAUACUUAUAAUAAUUAUUGUGAUGAUUCUUAUCAACAAUGUACAAAUCAUAUACAUGGAGAAAUGGAAUUACUGGGGAUUGAAUUUGUUGAUCCUAAAUAUACUAAUAAUUCAAAGAUUAUUAUUGGAUGUCAAGAUGCGGGGAUUUUGAUGUGGGAUAUUAAUGGGAUUUCAAGAAGAAGUUUUGGGAAUUUUGAUUAUGUUUGA